UAGCUGCCAGCUGAUAGUGCUUUAUCUAUUCUUCUUAUCUGUAAACCUUACUCAUGUUGGCUGGCUGGAGAGCUGCUGUGGCCCCUGAGGAUGAUGCAAGCACUGUUUUUGGGUGGAUUUCCCCUGGAAAGCAUCAGCAUGCAGCCAAAACAAACUACUGCUGAUGGCUCGCCUCUUGCCUCCGGUCUCUGUGGUCUGCUUUCAGACGGCAGCCGGGGGACUCUGAACGCUCAGAGGAGGAGGAGCACGACAGUCCUCUUGGCCCUCCCUCGGACUAUAAGACCAGAGGCGGGCUGAAACACUCAGACCGCACGCACACGUGGAGCAAAACAGGCAAAGAGGAAGACGGACAAGGGGGGAAGCAAAAGAGCAUGAAUCUGCCGGCACAGACCAGUUGACUCUACUUGGACUUUUGGAAGGGAAGCAGGUAGAAACAAGUGAUAAAGUAGGAAGUAAAGACACACAAAGAAAGACAGAGAGUUUUAAUCUUGAGAUGCUAUUUUGAGCUCUCACAGAGUAACUGAAGAUUAAGCACACUCUGGGAAUGUGGAGUUUUUUUAAAUGUUUUUAUUUUAGCAGUUCAGAAGAGAAUAAGACAGAGCUGGAAUCUGAAUGCACCUGUGGGUAUAGAUCAGAAGACCCGACUUUUUCCACCCUUGACCUUAAGCUCAACCUGCUGAUGUUUUGCUUUGAGUAAAAGGAGGUUAUAAACCAAGUCUGCUUUGCCAAACGCCACCAGUCGACACGCGUUGGGAGCAUCAACACGUUUUUGCAACCCAAUCAAACAAGAGAGCAAAGCCUGCUUGGAAGAGCUCCUGAACGGGACUGAUCAAAUAGCCAUCAAAGAUGACUUUUGCCAUGCUACGCACUCCACCUCCGGCAGGCCGCUUCUUGUACGGAGACAUCGGCCUCCUCUCCGAAGACGACGACGAGAACUGCAGCGAGGGCUCAGGCUCCGAGGACCGCACCAGCAGCUCCUCCAACUCUGCAUCCUUUCGCCUGUCCUCGUCGUCCCAGUCCGCCUUCCACAUCAAGGUGAACAGGAAGAGAAAGAUGUGCGGGGGCGCCGGCGUGAGCGUCACAAACUUGACGGGCAGGCUCGGACCCCCGGGCUCGUCUCCUCCCGGCGAAGUCCGCCAGAGGACGGCGGCCAACGCACGGGAAAGAGAUCGCACCAAUUCUGUCAACACAGCGUUCACGGCGCUUCGCACGCUCAUCCCCACCGAGCCGGCCGACAGGAAACUGUCAAAGAUUGAGACGCUACGUCUGGCCAGCAGCUACAUAAGCCAUCUGGGGAACGUUUUGCUCCUGGGCGAAGGGCUUCACGACGGACAGCCGUGCCACGCCCCCUCACCUCCAUUCUUCCACGUCAGCUCCUCCCCCACCCGAGGAUCCGACCAAUCGGCUCAGCCUAAGCACAUCUGUACCUUCUGCCUCAGCAACCAGCGGAAAAUGAACAAAGACAGAGACAGGAAGACGAGCAUCCGAAGCUAACGCCGAGGGCACAAACCACACGGACAAAAUGUUCACGACUCUGACGGGGCUUCAUGUGAUUUUUUUUUUUUUUUUUUUUUUUACAACCCCUGCAGCUUGAAGACUAACCAGACUUGUGAUGCAUUUUAAAGACUUUUGAAGGAUUUAUGUAGCACUUCCACUUCCUUUUACAAGGAACUUUUUAAUGUUUCCUUUUUCUAUUACUUUAUGCGAACUCUUUUGUUUUACAGUGAGGAAUCGUGAACAAGACUUUCCAUGGAUUUUCACCAGCGUAUCAAGACUAUAGAGGAAAAAAACAAAACAAAGUACUUCUAAAAAAAAAAAAGAAAUACGGCACAUGAUCUCUCCAAACCCACGAAUUUGUAUUCAUUAAAAGUUGUCUUAUUAAAAUGUAAACUGAUAUAAAAAAAUGUAUAUUUAUGUAACAUAACAAUAUAUAAUGAAACUGUUAUUUAACAGACUUAUGGCAUUUUUGAUGUUUUUAAGUGCAGACUUUGGUUUCUGACUCAGUUUGUAGCAUCACAGAGAACAUGCUGGAACUAUGGUGUUAAUGGUUGUUUCGAAUAUUCAUCCCUGAAAGUGGAAAAUAACUCGAGCUGACCAAUAAAAUGUUUGUAAAUCUGGG